GCCUGGAGCUUCACGCGGGACAGGCAGAGGCACAACCGAGCACGAGACAGAAGUGGGCUAACUGCCAGAUCAGUUGAAGGACUGUAUUACUUCAGGGAUUCAUUGUUACCAAACCUAAAGUUGAUUCUGAAAAGCUGAGAUUUUGAAGGAUGGAGGAGUCUGACCUGCUGAAAGAGAGGCUACAGGCCAUCACGGAGAAGCAUCGCAUUCAGGAACACAUUAGGCGGAAGAAACUGGAUCUGGACCAAGAGAAACUCAAACUGCAGCAUCUAAAGAAAAAAGCUCUGAGAGAGCAGUGGCUGCUACAGGACUCAGCUUCCCACAAUGCAACAGACUCCCCACGGCAACAGAGCCUUCUCUAUGACCAGCAGCAGACCAGAGCACUGCAGCUCAACAUCCACAGGAUAGAGAUGGAGGUGGAGGCUCUGGAGAGAGAGGAGUCUAUGGUUUCCACCAACGAGAGCUUCAUCCUCAACAGACUGAAGGCUGUAGAGAAAAGUUCAGAGGACAUUAUCAAGGAGGCCCAGGACAGCUUUGUUCCUGAGCCAUUACAGGUCACCACAAUGAUCCCUGAUGUCCCAGAAUCCCCCUCUCUACCAUCUAGCAAAGACUCUGAACCAAGCACACCAAGAAAGACUCUGUUUGCCAUGGAGAUCAAUGUGACUAAAAACCUGUUGACAGGGGAGAGCACAGUACUUUCUACUGCAACAGUUUCUCCUGAGGAGUUGAACCAACACGCUGGGCUCAAGGUGUACGAUGACGGCAGGAAGUGUGUCUAUGCCAUGAAUUCACAAGAGGGCUCACAUGACCAGAGCCGUGCGUCUGAGCUGUCAGCCAACGAGGUGGAACAGUUGCUGAGAAGCGCAACUGUGCAUCGCCAAGUAAAUCACCAAAAUCCCAGCAGAAGGGAGGAGCAUUGCUUUUACAACCGCCAAGGUGAGAGAGACAGAAUGGAGGAAUGUGACCUCAGACAGCAGGGAGGACAUUACGGUCGCAACCUCCUCAGGAACAACUUAACAGAGAAAUACUUUAGUCGUAGGGAGAACUGGCAGAGAAAACCAGGGGCAGAGCAUCACUACGGUCACCAGGAAAGCCAUUACAGAGGGCAGGAAGAAAGAAAUAACCAAAGCAACCUGAGGGAAGGUCAUCGCCUUGGAAACCACAAGGGUUUGGAACAUCACCAUAGUAACCAGAAAGCUUGUCACUACAGUUCCUACCAGGCGAGAAACUGUCACAGUGUUCAAGAAGAUCGGCUUGCUAGCCAACACGCCAAUGGCAUCAUCCGAAGCAAUAGUAGGGUUAAUGGAAGCAGAGCCAAUGGCUGCCCUCCUCCCAGAUCACAUGACCAGGAAGUUGUGUCUGCCUACCAACCACAGCUCUGCUACACUCCAGCCAAUUAUAUUCCUCUUAGGGAUUACAUCAGCGUGGAUGAAGAAGAAGUUUAUUGUCCACCUUCCUAUCACAGCCACGAUGGAAACCAACCCACUGCUCUAUACAGUGGCCCCACCCACUCUGACAGAGUCCCCUCCCCCAUUUAUGGAGACGACAGCCCCUACACCAUUCUCAACGCCAUCGAGACCACCGAGCCAAUCACAGCCAUCUUCAUGGGUUUCCAGACGGCGCAGGACGACAGCAGGCCAGGUCAGGAGUUUGAGGGCUCCCUGAAGGCCGAGCUGGUCAUCAUUGAGGACAAUGAAGUCAACGGCAACAACAACAGCAUGAAGGAAAAGAAGAGCCACACCCAGCUCAGGGUCAAUGGUUAUCCAACGCAAUGUUCAGCCAAUGGAAACAUAGGACGUGUGGAGGGAGAUGGAGACAGACGGAUCGAGAGACCGGUUGGACCAGGGUACAUCCUGUAGCUGACAGCAUCAGGUCCAAUGACAUUAAUGACAGUACUUGUGUCAUUGGCACUGACAGACAGCCAAUAUGAAUUAGAGUACAGUGGUAGCGUUGUUGUUGUUGUGGCUGCAGGACAGAAUGAGUGCACAGGUUACAGUAACACCUCCACUACCACCUCCAGCCUCCUCCAGGGAAACACACAGAGAAAUCUCAACUAAAGGUCCACUCGCUUCAUCAGCAGAUGGAUUAGCUCUGUGAGCUCAGGCUAAUGAAAAGUUUGAACACUUACAUUCUCAAGACAAAAGAGAAAUGAUGAGGACGGUGUUACUUGGUAGGAAGCUCUAGAAUAAGGAAGUAACCUUGAGUUGCAGUCAGUCUCAAUCUUUGUAUAGUUCCAUUAUUCGUGUUUAUGUACUUGAGUACAGUUUUGAGGUACUUUUACUUUACUUGAGUAUUUCCAUUUUAUGCUACUUUGUACUUCUGCUCCACUACAUUAAGUUUAAAUCUUUAGUUACUUUACAGAUUAAGAUUAUUGAUGCAAAACCAAAUCUGAUGUAUUAUCAUUGAACUGUCCAGCAGUCAAUGUCAAAGUCAUAAAAAAAAGUUAUAAAAAAAUAAACCUUUACCAGCUGCAUCAUUAAAGUGAUGAACACUUUAAUCCAAUAUCAUCAUCUUCCAUCCAGAUUCUGAAAUAAGCCAUUCUGCAUAAUAAGAACUUUUACUUUGGUAGCUUAAGCUUAACUUUGACUCAACAUUUUAAUGCAAGAAUUUUACUAUUAUUAAUUGUUUCCUGUGCAAAAUGUCUCCCUAGUUUCUAGUUGUGAAGAUACAGACCAUGUAGAGAUGUAUGUGGUCUCAGUUUGGUAAGGUUACUUGGAACACUCCAAAUGGUGCCAUUAUAUACUCUGUUACACUUGAUUUUUUUUUUCAAUACAAACUAAAACAUUGCAAUAUGCAACACAAUGUUAUAGAAAAGCUGCAUUUCUACACCACAACACUCCCAAAAAAACCCAGUGAAAUCACAGAGGGACUGAUCAGCGUGGAAGACUAGAGCUGCAGUGUAAUGCUGCUCUGCUGACUGUCGGUGUGUGUGUUGUGUGUGUCAGGUACAGAGGAAUGAAGGAGGACGGCUGACCCAUCUGACAUGCUGGAGCUUUCAGUUGUCUCCUAGUUCUUUGUGUCCUGCUGUGAUCCCUGACUGACUGCUUCAGCACCAGCCAGCUGCUCGGCCUCCACCGCUGCCUUCAUAUAUCAGACCGUUCCAACCAUUCUCUCCUCUUUCUGUGGUCCUGCUUCAUUCACUGUCUCUGCCCCAUUUCACAAACUGCCAAAGAUAAACAUUUUUCUAAUAUAGAUGCUUUGUUCUGUGCAACCCACACUCUGUCUCUAAGAUGCCUGUUGACCUUAAACAUUUGACUCAUUGUCUGCUUAUUGAUGUUGUUAAAGUUGGUGAUUGUGAUCUUAUGAACAUACCUUCAACAAUAGUGAUGCACUGUAGGGAAACUGGAGACAUUGGAGGAGCUCGCUGGGGUCAUACAGCCUGAGAGGAAGAUCUGACAGACUCUACGUUGUAUGUUGUUCAACUUAGCAGUAAGAGCCAGCUUUUCGGCUCCCAAACGGCUCAGCCAAUAGCUGGAUUUAUAAAUAUUCUUACCUAUGAUUGGUAUGUGUGAACAUAUAUCACUUGAAUUAUUCAACGUACUAAACUGUAUAAAUGUUGAAUAACAUUAAAUCAUCAUAUGUUUAUUGAA